AGCAUAUCACACAGUGAGAACCCCUUUAGCUUUUCGCAACCACAUGUCAAAUCGUUUGCAUGCAGACCGGCAUUGUUUUCUCAGUCUCCAGGCAACAAAUAUAAACAAUUUUUAAUAAUUUUCUAGAAUAAAAUAAUAAUAGCAAGAAGGAAAAUUGACUUAUUACCCAUUACUCUUUGACACCGGACGAAUUAACAAUGGCAGAUGGCGAUAAGAUUGAAGUACGUGACAUCACAAGAAUCGAACGUAUUGGUGCCCAUUCGCAUAUUCGAGGCUUGGGCUUAGAUGAUGUCUUGGAGGCACGAGCUGUUUCCCAGGGCAUGGUUGGGCAAAAAGAUGCCCGUCGUGCUGCUGGUGUGGUUGUGCAAAUGGUGAGAGAAGGAAAAAUUGCUGGUCGCUGUAUUUUGUUGGCUGGAGAACCUAGCACUGGUAAGACAGCCAUUGCCGUGGGUAUGGCCCAGGCAUUGGGAACAGAAACUCCAUUUACCAGUAUGUCGGGUUCGGAAAUAUACUCUUUGGAAAUGAGUAAGACAGAGGCUUUGUCUCAGGCUUUGCGUAAAAGUAUUGGUGUACGUAUUAAGGAAGAGACCGAGAUAAUCGAGGGUGAAGUUGUGGAGAUACAAAUAGAUCGUCCAGCCACUGGAACAGGACAGAAAAUUGGAAAGGUUACAUUGAAAACAACUGAAAUGGAAACCAAUUACGAUUUGGGCAACAAAAUCAUUGAGUGCUUUAUCAAAGAAAAGAUUCAAGCCGGAGAUGUUAUUACCAUUGAUAAGGCUUCGGGUAAGGUCUCCAAAUUGGGAAGAAGUUUUACCCGGGCCCGUGAUUACGAUGCCACCGGUGCCCAGACCCGUUUUGUCCAGUGUCCAGAGGGUGAAUUACAAAAACGCAAGGAAGUUGUACACACUGUCACUUUGCAUGAAAUCGAUGUCAUUAACAGUCGCACCCAUGGUUUCUUGGCCCUAUUUUCGGGUGACACGGGCGAGAUUAAACAAGAAGUGAGAGAUCAAAUCAACAACAAGGUAUUGGAGUGGCGUGAAGAGGGCAAGGCAGAAAUUAAUCCCGGUGUGCUGUUCAUUGAUGAGGUACAUAUGUUGGACAUUGAAUGCUUUUCAUUCCUCAAUCGUGCUCUCGAGUCGGAUAUGGCUCCCGUUGUGGUUAUGGCCACUAAUCGUGGUAUAACCCGUAUAAGGGGCACAAAUUAUCGCAGUCCCCAUGGCAUACCAAUUGACUUACUGGAUCGUAUGAUAAUUAUACGUACCGUAGCCUAUUCGGAAAAGGAAAUGAAGGAAAUAUUGAAAAUUCGCUGUGAAGAGGAAGAUUGCCUAAUGCAUCCCGAUGCAUUGACCAUUCUGACAAAAAUUGCCACCGACACAAGUUUACGUUAUGCCAUACAGCUGAUCACAACGGCAAAUUUGGUGUGCCGGCGUCGCAAAGCCACCGAAGUGACAACGGAAGAUGUGAAAAAAGUCUAUUCCUUGUUCUUGGAUGAGAAUCGCUCGAGUCAAAUAUUAAAGGAAUAUCAAGAUGAAUAUAUGUUCAAUGAAAUCGAGGAAGAGAUUGUGGGUGAAAUACAGCCGAAGAGGGAAGAUGAAAGUGGCGCCGGUGGUGAUGGUCAACCGAUGGAACAUUAAAAUGAUGUGACUGGUUUCACUUGUGUUUUUUUACUUUUACAGCUCCAGGCUUUAGCAUUGUAAAUUCUUUUUAUUAUUCUCAUCAAUAUUUGAUUGGAUUAAUACCUUUUUGUAUUACAUUUUAAGGCUUUUUUGUUUUUAAUACGAUAUUAUUAAAUACAUUAUUCCUCUAUGUCACAGGA